GAGGAGACUAUAAAACGAGAGGCGGGGCGCGCGCCGCGGCAGAAAGAGCCAAGCUCGGGCCCGGCGCGGAGUGGCUGCAGUUCGGGGACGCUGGGCCGGGCAUCGGGCUGUGUGGGAGACGUGGGCGCGCUCGCCUGACCCCGACCUCGCCGAGUGCCCCGGGCCCCGGGCCACCCGCUCGCCCUCCGCGCCUCCCGCCCAGCCCCGCCUGGCGCCGGCCGCCGUCUUGCACCCCGCUGGCCGGCCUGACCCUCGCGGCCCCCGCCCUGCCGCCCCUCCGCCCCCGCCCGGCGGCCGGCGCUGUCGUCGUGGAAGCAGCCCCGAAGCAGCCCGAACAAGACGACUCAAGGUGAAGGAUAAUCUUCUAAUACUGGCACUUUGAAUGAAAAUUUAUUUCCUGGCCACAAACUGAACACUUGGUGUGUGUGCGUGUGUGUGUGUACGUGAGACAGAGCGAGGGAGUUGAAACACAAACUUAACUUUGUGGCUAGCAGCUAUGCAGCUUGAAAUCCAAGUAGCACUAAAUUUUAUUAUUUCAUACUUGUACAAUAAGCUUCCCAGGAGACGUGUCAACAUUUUUGGUGAAGAGCUUGAAAGACUUCUUAAGAAGAAAUACGAAGGGCACUGGUAUCCCGAAAAGCCAUACAAAGGAUCAGGGUUUAGAUGUAUACACAUCGGGGAGAAAGUGGACCCCGUGAUUGAACAAGCAUCCAAAGAGAGCGGUUUGGACAUUGAUGAUGUUCGUGGCAAUCUGCCACAGGAUCUUAGCGUUUGGAUCGAUCCGUUUGAGGUAUCCUACCAAAUUGGUGAAAAGGGACCAGUGAAGGUGCUGUACGUGGACGAUAAUAAUGAAAAUGGAUGUGAGUUGGAUAAGGAGAUCAGAAACAGCUUUAACCCGGAGGCCCAGGUUUUUAUGCCCAUCAGUGACCCGGCGUCAUCCGUGUCCAGCUCUCCCUCACCUCCUUUCGGUCACUCUGCUGCUGUCAGCCCUACCUUCAUGGCCCGGUCCACUCAGCCUUUAACCUUUACCACUGCCACUUUCGCUGCCACCAAGUUUGGCUCCACCAAAAUGAAGAACAGUGGCCGCAGCAGCAAGGUCGCCCGCACUUCUCCCAUCAACCUCGGCAUGAAUGUGAACGACCUCCUGAAGCAGAAAGCCAUCUCCUCCUCAAUGCACUCUCUGUACGGGCUGGGCUUGGGCAGCCAGCAGCCGCCGCAGCCGCAGCCACAGCCGCCGGCCCAGCCGCCGCCCCCGGCCCAGCCCCAGCCGCAGCCGCAGCAGCAGCAACAGCCGCAGCAGCAGCAGCAGCAGCAGCAGCAGAAAACCUCCGCUCUCUCUCCCAAUGCCAAGGAAUUUAUUUUUCCGAAUAUGCAGGGUCAAGGUAGUAGUACCAAUGGAAUGUUCCCAGGUGACAGCCCCCUUAACCUCAGUCCUCUCCAGUACAGCAAUGCCUUUGAUGUGUUUGCGGCCUACGGAGGCCUCAACGAGAAGUCUUUUGUAGAUGGCUUGAAUUUUAGCUUAAAUAACAUGCAGUAUUCUAACCAGCAAUUUCAGCCUGUUAUGGCUAACUAAAAAAGAAGAAGAAGAAGAAGAAAAAUGUAUCUGACAAGCUUAAAUACUCGGGCCCAAGGGGGAUUUUUUUUUCUCUCUCUCAACCUCCUUGUGUUUUUUGUUUUUUUGUUUUUUUUUUUUUUAGGCUUACAGUAAGGAUACAUUCAGGCUUGGUUACAAAAAUAAAACAUGCAUCAUUCUUUCAUUUGCCAACCAAGCACAAAAGUUUUUUUCUACUGACUAUAUUUGAAAGUAUACUCUCAGAUAUGGCCUCUUACAGUAUUCGAGAUACAAGCAAAGAACGUGGCUGAUUUUUUUUUUUUAUAAAAAAAUUGGCACUAAUACGUGGGUUUGUUGGUCUUUUCUAAUUGUAUAAUUUAAUUUACUACAAAGUUUGUAAAAUAUCAGAGGAUAUAUAUAUAUUGUUUCUACGACACGGCGUCGCAUUUAUAUCUUUUUACUACAGUGACCUGUGACAGCACCAGCUUCAUGUUGUAUUUUUUUUACUGAAAUUGUAAAAUACCCAUCUUAAAGACAUCGAUUCUAAAAUUGUGUACAGGAUAUUCCUUUAGUGGUGGAAUUAAAAUGUACGAAUAUUUGCUUUUUCAAAAAAAUGUAUUUUCUGUUAAAGGUUUAAAGAUUUUUGCUAUAUAUUAUGGAAGAAAAUGUAAUCGUAAAUAUUAAUUUUGUACCUAUAUUGUGCAAUACUUGAAAAAAAACGGUAUAAAAGUAUUUUGAGUCAGUGUCUUAUGUUGAGGGACUGAAAUAGUUUAUAUUAAGUUUGUAUUAAAAUUCUUUAAAAUUAAA